UGCGCACUUACUCCAUACUCCAUUCGUGAGGGGUUCACCCAGUGGUUUUAAUCCUCGCAGUUGACAAGACGGACGUGAGAACAGUGUACAAAAGUCAGGUAGUUUUAUGACGACGUGAUCUACGGUGUUGACAACGGCAGUUGACAACCCCCUGACUGCGUUCAAGAUGAGUUACGUGUUUACCCUGUCAUCGAAUUUUGCGAGUAAAACUGUGCUCGUAUGUCACGCUGCAUGCAAAGAAACUUCACGGGUUUUCUCGCGCUGUGUAGGGUUCUAAUCUUGAGAUACCCGAUUGCACUCGCAGGGCCAAUCGAAUAAAGUUCCUCGAAAACUAGCUACAAUGAAUACUUCAGCAUGUCAAACCACGGUCGCCCAGAAAGUCCCUUUCGGUGACCUCUGCAAACUCUGCGACAAGAUAUCCGGAAAGCAGGACAGGGUCGAGAAGCGGAAACUGCUGGAGAAGUUCAUCACGUACUGGCGCGAGUUUCACGACAAACUUCACGCCGCGAACGGAGUUCUGGCAGCGACCGAUGAUUCCUUCUUCCCGGCAAUGCGGCUUCUCCUGCCGCACCUGGACAGAGAUCGACCGGCGUAUGGAAUCAAAGAAGCCACUCUGGCCAAACUGUACAUCGAAGUGCUCGCACUCGGCAAAGACAGUCCCGAUGCUCAAAAGUUGCUGCGCUACAGAACGCCGCAUGUGGCCAAAGCGGAAGCCGGAGAUUUCGCUAGCGUCGCGUAUCUAGUGCUGCGAAAUCGCUGCCCCACGAAAGGGUCGCUAACCGUCGCCGAAGUCAAUGAGCUCUUGGACGAACUGUCUGACGCGCAUGCGCACGGAGGCGCAGAAGGUAGUCGGCGGACGAGAGAAGCGCUAUGCACGCUGCUGCGCCGAACUUCUGCUGCCGAACAAAAGUGGCUGGUGAGAAUGGUUCUGAAGGAGAUGAAAAUGGGCAUGAGCGAAGGGAGUAUCUUGUCCUGCUAUCAUCCGGAUGCGCAGGACGUUUUCGACAACAGCAGCAGCCUCACGAAAGUCUGUCGAGAACUGAAAGACCCGAAAGUUCGCCAGCACGUCGUUCAGGUCUCGUUGUUCCACGCCGUGCGACCAAUGUUGGCCGAGCGGGCAGAGCCUCGCUCGGUUGAGCGUCUCUUGAAUCACGAGCCCUUCUUUGCCGAGACCAAGUUUGACGGUGAGCGGCUGCAGGUGCACAAGGAUGGUUCUGAGUUCAGGUACUUCACACGACGCAGCCAUGACUAUAGUUCUGGUUUCGGAGCCACUGCUGAUGAGGGAUCUUUGACACAGUACAUAGCCAAAUCUUUCCAAAGCCAUGUCAAGAGUUGUAUCUUAGAUGGAGAGGUGAUAGGAUAUGACCCCAGGAGUGAUCGUCUCGUUUCAAAAGGUUCGCAUGUAGAUGUAAAAAGUUUAACUGAGAAUUCCUCGUUACAACCUUGCUUCGUUGCCUUUGACAUACUCCUCUUGAACGGACAGGUAGUCACCAACAAGCCUCUUCAAGAGAGAGUUGUACUUCUUGAUCAGGCUUUAGUGGAGGUUCCUGGCAGAAUACUGAUCUCUAGAAGGCAAAAUGGUUCAACACGGGAAGACGCUGUUCGCCUUCUGAACCGAGCAAUCGAAGACCAAGAAGAAGGCAUAGUUUUAAAGAGGCUUUCUUCAGUCUACAAACCUAAUGCUAGGAAAGCUGGCUGGCUGAAACUCAAGCCAGAAUAUGUGGACAACUUGGUUUCAGAUCUGGACAUGCUUAUUCUCGGUGGUUAUUUUGGAGAAGGACGCCGCAGUGGUGUUGUGUCGCACUUUCUUUUGGGAGUUACAAGUGGGGAUCAGGACGACGAUGGUAUGCCACGCACUUUCUGGUCGGUCGCAAAGGUGGGCUCGGGGUACAGCUUGCAAGAACUGGACGACCUACUUGCCAAACUGACGUCGAAAUGGAAAGUCUAUAACCCCAAAAAGCCUCCAGAAAAGUUGGUGCUUGCCCCAGGCCACAAAGAAAAACCAGACUUGUACCUCGAGCCUUCGGACUCUGUGGUGCUUCAGAUCAAAGCCUCGGAACUCGUUCGCAGUAGCCAGUUCAGGACGGGCAUAACAUUACGAUUUCCUCGUGUAGUUGCCAUCCGCCAUGAUAAGCCUUGGCAGGAUGUGCUGUCAUAUUCAGAGCUUUGUGAACUAGAGAAGGCAGCAGGUGGAAAAUUGGCCACUGCUACGCUCGGGCAUGACGAGGAUGACGGUGGAUCUCCAGCAAAAAAGAGGCGUGUCGGAACUAGUGUAAAGGCAUCUUUAGGUACACACUUUCAGCCUGCCAAUUUGUCUGGUGCUGUAAAGAAGCGCAAUAUUCUUCGGGGAAAAGAGCUGUGCAUCUUGACUGGCUGUGGAGAUCUCACCAAGCAGGAGCUAGAAGUCAAGGUUGCUGAAUUAGGAGGCUCUGUUGUCCAAAAUCCCAGCAAGGAAACAUUUUGUGUUGUUGCAGAGAAGCUAAACUUCAGAGCACGUAGUUAUGUCAAAUCAAGGAAAUGGGAUGUCGUUAAGGCAGACAAGUUUCUCACACUUCUCGAGUCUGCCGAGCUUCGGCCAUGGGAGCCAGCGGACCUGUGGUGCGCCAGCACCGAAACUGAGAACCGACUGAAGGAUUUGUUUGAUGAAUAUGGCGACAGCUACACGGUUCCUGUGACAGCAAGUUCUUUGCGCAAGAUAUUUGCAGCCAUUCCCAAAGAGGCAUGUAAGGAAGUUGAUGACUUACCGGGGUUCAUUUUUAAGUUCGAGCAGGAGAAUUUUGCCUCUCGGCCGCAGUGGGGCUUAUUCAGAAACUGCACAUUGAGGCUGAGCGAGGAAAGUGAACUAAAUAGGUUGAUUAUUAGAUUGCAUGGUGGUAAAGUUCAGGACAUUCCAGGAGAAGGGGAGGCUGGUAGUUCAGACUGUGAAAUGAAUGACAUGGAUGCUUCGGAAGAAGUGAUGGAGGUAGAUAGCGAAUGGAUAGAUGAAUGCAUUCAAGCUGGCGAACUGCCCCUCUUCUAGCGAGGAGAUUGUUUUCUGUUAUCGUGCCUGGUGAAACGGGCAUGGCUAUUGCAACUGUGCAGUCAAGACGUUAAUGUAUCACUGUAUACAAAUCGGUAUGCCACAUUGUACAAAGGAAGAUAUUGCAACAAUUUGUAGCACUUGAACAACUUGUAGCACUUGUGAACAAAAGCUUCGCUAUUGCACAUGCACUGUUGGAAAGGGUGUAAUUGCUGAGCUUGUAUGUAGAACUGAAUGUUGAUAAAAGCACUACAGAAGCUAUGUUCGCGCAUGGGUCACUGUCACCCUAUUCACAUGUGUAGAAAAUGGUCGAUUCCUUCAGCAUUGAAAUCUACACAAGGAAAUCUGUAGCAAUAUGUUCUUUCACUUCUACUACUCACUAUGAGAGAAGUGGUGGUUUAGUAUAUGCGGGCCAUGUGUACGUUUUGAGAUUUAAAAUGUGUUGCCAUUGUUUGCAACUUUAGCUUUUUUAGAUGUCCAAGCUAUUUUAGUUAAAUGAGCUGCUGAUCACGUCACACAAAUUAUGCAAAUGCACUUUUACAAUUUUUAGCUUCUUGCAUUCACCCUGUUUUUAAUUUAUGCACUUUAGCAUGAAAUGUACUCUUGCAGUGAUGAAGGAAAUCAUCCGUUGUUGUUGUUGUGCUUUUAGCUGUUUUUAUAUAAUUAUGAGAAUGAAGUCUAAUUUUAGUGAUAUCACUGUUUAUCGUUUUUCUGCUGCUAUGAUGAAUUUUGUGCUCUAAUAUACAAUUGCACUUUGUUACUUUGUGUAUUAUAAUUUGGUCUCUUUUUUUAACCUCAGUUUGUUAAGCACUGUGGAAGUGCUUUUUUGAAGUUGUGAUGAAGCAAAUAAUGUGACCUUAUGUUCUCAAUAAGUGGACCCAAUUUCUGGUCAAAACGAAUGCCCCCCGUGCCCCUACACUUUGUUUCCCAUCUGCCUGGCCACAACAAGAAGUUUACUGCAGCUUCAAACUUGUUAAGUAAGAACUUACAAAGCAGUUGAAAUGGAGCUGUUGAGAAUAAUAAAUCAUGGGGAAUGAUA